UUUGAUCAGCAAUUGAACCAUGCCCUAUCCUUGGAAAUGACAGAUGGUACUUGGCAUGGUUUGAUGAAAGAAAUUAAAGGACAGUUUUUUUUUCUGGCGGGUGUUCUUUUGUUAAAGAAGUCCCAGGAUGUGAGUAAAUAUUAUGCAUGUAUAAUGAUUCUACAUUUUUAAUUCAGCUGGAUAGUUUAGUAUUGACUUUGAAAGGUUUAGGCUAUAUACCAAAAAAAUAAAUACAAAUGAAUAAAUUCUUAAAAAGCCUUAUGUUAAGAAAAAUUAUUGCUGUAAUUUUAAAAAAAAAAUCUUAUUAAAGGAGACAAAUAGUUUUCUACAUAAAUAGUGAUUUCUUUUUUCUUUAGUUCCCAUCACAAAACUAUUAAAACAUGUUUUAAACAAAAUCUAUUUAAAUAUGUAAAGCAUACAUUUUUAUUAUUAAAUAGGGUUUAUUACCAUUACCAUCUGGAGUCAAGGCAGCAGGAGCUUGUUUUUUAACCAGCAACAAAGUUGAUCCCAUUGACAGGAAUGAGAAAUGGAUUGCCAAUCUACCCCAGCAUGGGAGCAAAUUUUACAAAUGGUGGUAUCUUCAAAGCUAUGAUCGUGUGUCUCAGAUUGGUAUGUUGGAUGACUUUAAAAAUGGGCUAUUUGUGAUGUGAAAGUUCUUUUAAGGUCCAUCUCAUUGUGUUGUAACUGACUGCAGGACUUUUUUAAUAUUCAUUUUUUUUAAUGAAAUCAUUUGUUAAUCACAAUUUUUGCAAGGUUUGCAAUGUAUAGCUCAUUGAGACAAAUGGUUGGUAAGCUGGAGUCAAGGGAAAGGCUGGGUGUUAGAAAGUUGGGAUUUUGGUCAGGAAGUAAGAGAGAGUCAUGUUCCAAAAAAAGUUUGUGAUAAAAAUUUAAUGAAAGGCUCUAAUAGAGGUAAAAGAGCUGCAUCGAGUACAUGUAUUAUCAUUAAAAUUUUGUAGAACUCAAAGAAAAAUGACGACAUAAUUUUUUUCACUGAAGAGAGUAAAUAUCCUUACGGGUAUUUAAAUAUAUCUUCAAUAAUUAGGAAAUCAAAUUGAAAUACAAAUAAGUUUACACUUUAUUUUAAAUAAUAAAUAUGUCUAACUUCAGCUAAAAUAUCAAAUUUGAUGAAAUGUAUUGCUUCAAUUGCAACACUUAAAGAAAUGAUAUAUAAAAAAUAUUAAUUAUUUCUAAACCUUUCUCUCUAAAAACUCUGACAUCAAUUAUUAUACUCUCCUACUUUUCUUAACUUUUGUAUUUAAAUUUAAAACCUAUGGAAGCAAAAGUAUUUUCAUAAAACAAUUUUUCAUUUGAAAUUAAUUAAUGCCUACACAUUAUGCUGCAUAAAUUAUUUUUAAAAAUGAAUGCAAUUUUUAAAAAUUAAUAAAUAAAUAUAUUAAUUUUUAUGCUUGAUGUGAAUUUUUUCCUUUAUGCAACCCCAACAUGUUUAUAUCUAAUGACCAACAAAAAAGGAAUGCGUUAAUCCUUCCUAUUCAUAUUAAUUUAAGGCUGGCUUUAUCUAAAACACUCAUGAGAAUUUAAUACAUUUAAAUAAAAAUUUAGGACACAUGUUGAGCCAAUGGACUAGUUCCAACAUUCUGGAAUGG